AAUUUUUGCCUAGUUUAUACAUGUCAUGUACAUUAAUAAUUUAAUUAUUCGACGAUCGUUUGGUCAUCAUUUGUGUUGAAAACUACAAUAAAAAUGGGUGAACGUUAUUUUCCUAAUCAUUAUCUUGAUUAUAAUGAUGAUAAUGAAACUUUACUAAUUGAUGGAUCCGAGUCGCUCAUUACAUCAUUGUGUACUGAUUUUCUCCGUCAUAUUCGUGUAUUUCUACAGGAAUUGGAAUCCAAUUUAACGUUAUCAUCUUCGAAAGAUUUCACCAUUUAUACUGGAUCAACUGGAAUCGUUUUAUUAUAUCUAAAAUUAUACGAAUUGAAUGCAUUUGAAAAUGAACGACAAGAUAUCUUACGAAAAGCCAAUUCAUUGAUCAAACGAAGCCUGGAAAACAUUGGUGGUGGAAAAGAACGAUAUUCGUUUCUCUGUGGACAAACUGGUGUGUUAGCGUGCAAAGUACUCAUCAAUCACGCGCGCGGAAAAGAUUACAGUAAAUAUUUGAGAAUUAUUCGUAAUUUAGCUCCGAAAAUCCUCUCUGAUUCGACUGAAUUGCCCGAUGAAAUUCUUUUUGGACGUUCGGGUUUCCUAUAUUCCUUAUUGAUGAUACGAGAAAAAAUUGAAGAUUCCGUGCAAAUACUCGAUGAUAAUCUAAUUAGAUCAUUAGUGGAAAAAAUUCUUAAAUCUGGUCAAUUAACAUCGCAAAGAGAAAAGAAUUCAUCGAUUCCUCUGAUUUAUUAUUGGCAUGAAAAAGCAUAUGUCGGCGCUGCACAUGGAUAUGCUGGCAUUCUUUACAUUCUACUUGAAGCUCGAAAUUAUCUCGAUGAUGAAAAGGAAUUGAAUACAUUGAUCAAGCCUACAAUCGACUUUGUUCUUGGGCUACAAUUCCCCGAUACUGGAAAUUAUCGAUCUUCACUGAAUAAUACCGAAGAUCGAUUGGUACAUUGGUGUCAUGGAUCACCUGGUGUCAUUCAUUUGCUAUCAUUAGCAUAUCAAGUAUUUGAAAAGGAAAUAUAUUUAAAUGCAGCCAUAAAAGCGGCUGAUGAUAUUUGGCAUCGUGGUCUGCUCAAAAAAGGCUGUGGAUUAUGUCAUGGUACGGCUGGUAAUGGCUAUGCUUUUAUUCGUCUGUUUCAAUUGACCAACGAUCAAAAAUAUCUUUAUCGAGCUGUUAAAUUUGCCGAAUGGUGUUUUGAGCCUCAUCAACAUCGAAUUAGAAUCGCUGAUAGACCAUAUUCAUUGUUUGAAGGUUUAGCUGGAACAAUUUAUUUUCUAGCCGAUAUAAUUCAUCCGAAACAGGCCAGAUUUCCAGCAUUUCAAAUUAAAUUUUGAGAAAAAAAUUAAUAAUAACGAAAAUUAUAAUUCGAAUGAAACAGUUGUGUUGUUUCACUUCGAUCAGCUGAUUCAUCAAAUUUUCCACUGUUGUGUUUACAUGUUCUACCUUGUGUUACGGCAAUUUCGUAUUCGUAUUCCAACAUUGCAUUCUCGUAAAACCAUGCAUACGAAUCGUUUUUUC